AAUUAAGGAAAAAGGAGUGACCAGUGACGUACAGAGACCGACGUCGAAUACAGUCCUCUUAGAACAGCAUCUUGCGGGUUACGAUAGUAGGAUUUGUCGCCUUCAUCCAUGGCAACUCCUCCUGUACGGGGUACUGGAAUGCUAUCAAGAGAACAGCUUCUCCAUCUUUUCGAUCGCUUCUGUUUCCUUACUUCCCAACCCGAAGUGAAGAAAAGGAUAGCAGACGCUGUCCAGGACAAACAGGAAGCUGUUGCUGUGACCACUGCGAUACAGGAAGAGAUAUUUUUAGAGAUGGGAGUUGAUCCACGAUUCGGUAUUUCAUGCCUGGGUAAAGUGAGCACUGUAUAUGAUAAUGAUCUGGAUUUGGUGAUUCAAUUUUAUAAAUUCAUUGCAAAAGAAGAGAUAGCCUGUGAUGAAGCAGAGCUCGGGCCAGAUGAAUUUAUAGAAAGAAUGCUCCGCCAGCAAAAAUUACAGGAAAAGCAACUGGAGAUGCUGAAGGACAUGCGCAAGUUUCCUUUAGAUGAUCAGUCAGCCAUUCUUGACAAGAUCCACCAGCAGAUGGAAAAUGCCAACUACGAAAGCGAGUCAUCCAUUUUGUCGACUGACCAGAUCCAAGAGAUUAAUGUUCAGAGGAAAGCGUCUCCUUUAUUUAUGCCAAGGUAGAUAUAAAAGCAUGCCCAUUCUUUCUACCUUGAUUUAUUUUAAGGUGUGGCCAUCAAAUGACACAUGUUUACUCAUUUAAUCAAACCACUUCACUGUAACCAUGUAGCUCCUUUACAUUGUAAAUUGUUAAAGUUUCUUCAUUCGAUGUCCUGUUUCUGCCCUAAAAUGCGGGGGCUCUUUGAAUGGCAAGAAAAGUUUCUUCACCAGAUAUUAUAAAUGAAACUAAUAGUCCUCCGAAGACUGAUGCCA